GGGGAGGAGCUAGUAGGCUAAUGGCGUCGCGAAGGCCUCAGUCCCCUAUGCCGCGGUUUCCGCGGGGCCAGUCUGGAUUAGGCCGCACUCCACUCGACCCCUGACCGGCUGCAGCUCUCCUCACCCCGCGGCCGCUUCUCUCCACCUCCCCCCUCCGGUCUGACCGCCGCUGGAGUAUUGGCGCCUCCGCCGCGCCAGGCCUGGGCCUCAGGGUUCUCCACAAUCUUCGUUUCAUGAGAACCAUUGACUGGUAGCAGAGAAUUUACCACGUUGCCUGGACUGUCGAUGCGCCCUCCCCCCACCGAGUGGCGAUAAAGAGGGCCCCCCUGCCACCCUCUGUGGUGACCAGCCAGCAUGGCGUCUGUUCCAGUCUACUGCUUGUGCCGUCUGCCCUAUGACGUGACCCGCUUUAUGAUCGAAUGUGAUGUCUGCCAAGACUGGUUCCACGGCAGCUGUGUUGGUGUGGAGGAGGAAAGCGCCUCAGAGAUCGACCUGUAUCAUUGUCCGAACUGCCAGAUCACUCACGGGCCGCCAGUCAUGAAGAAAAGACGAAAUCCUAAGCCAGAUCCUGCCGUGAACAAGGAGGUGGGGAAGCCGGUGCAGACCGGAAGCGCAGGCUUCAUCAAGGAGCUUCGGAGCAGGAAUUUCCCAAGUGCAGAGGAGGUGAUCCUGAAGCCGCAGGCAGCUCAGCUAACCGUGGAGUAUUUGGAGGAGAACAGCUUCAGCGUUCCCAUCCUGGUUCUGAAAAAAGAUGGACUCGGCAUGACCCUUCCCCCGCCCUGUUUCACAGUAAACGAUGUUGAGUACUAUGUGGGGGGAGAGAAGGAGAUUGAUGUCAUUGACGUGACGAGGCAGGCCGACAUGAAGAUGAAGCUGAAGGAUUUUGUGAAAUAUUACAAUGGCCCCAAAAGGGAGAAAGUGCUGAACGUCAUCAGCUUGGAGUUCUCGGAGACGAGGUUAUCGAACCUUGUGGAAACUCCCAAAAUUGUCCGCAAAUUGUCCUGGGUUGAGAACUUGUGGCCGGAGCAGAGUGUCUUUGAGAGACCGAAUGUCCAGAAAUACUGCCUGAUGGGCGUCAAGGACAGUUACACAGAUUUCCACAUAGACUUUGGGGGCACCUCUGUCUGGUACCACGUGUUAAAGGGAGAAAAGAUUUUCUACUUGAUCCAGCCAACCAAGACUAACCUGGCCUUGUUUGAAUGCUGGAGCAGCUCCUCUAACCAGAAUGAAAUGUUCUUUGGCGAUCAGGUGGACAAUUGUUACCGGUGUCCAGUUAAACAGGGGCACACGCUCUUCAUACCCACAGGGUGGAUCCACGCUGUGCUCACUCCGGUGGACUGUUUAGCUUUUGGAGGAAACUUUCUGCACAGUCUAAACAUUGCCAUGCAGCUCAGAGCAUAUGAAAUCGAGAAGAGGUUGAGUACGGCCGAUCUCUUUAAGUUUCCAAAUUUUGAGUCUAUUUGUUGGUACGUGGGGAAGCAUUUACUGGAUACAUUUAGAGGUCUGAGAGAGAACAGAAGACACCCUGCAUCUUAUUUACUGCAUGGAGCCAAGGCCCUGAACACUGCGUUCAAAGUUUGGACCAAGAAGGAGGCAAUUAUGGAUCAUGAGGAAGAGAUUCCAGAGACCAUCAUCACUGUACAGCUGAUCAAGGACUUGGAUCGCGAAGUCAAACUUAUGGAGGAUAUCUUCCAUCAAAACAUUGAGAAAACUGGGAAUCUGUUGGGUAUGACUCGAAGUCCCAUCACUGGUACGUCCACUCCUGUCAUGUCACUGCUGGCCAAGAGCUCCAAGAAGAAAAUUUUCAAAACCAAGGAACUGUUAAGGAAAGGGGGAAGGAUUCAUCUGGAGGAUGACUUGAGCUCAGAGCUUUCUGACAUGCAGGGGAAUACCUUGAUGCCCAAGGAAGAAAUGACCGACGAUGACUUGGACAUGGAUGAUCUUGAUGAAAAGCCCGAUGGCUGCCUACUGGAUUCAGAAUUAACUGAGAGCAAACUGCGACUGGUCCUGGCCAAUGGUGUAAAUCUGAGUGGCAAAAAGAUUCGUGUAGGAGCAGGAAGUCGGCGUCAGGGAUUAGUCCCAAAAACCCCUAAAAGUGAAACUAUGGAUCCAGAACUUUCUCCCAGUGACCCCUUCUUCAUGGACUCUGAAGAAGACCUUCAAAUUGAUGAGAGCCCACGCAAAGAGAGAAAGCUGGCUCCUCCAAAAAGAAAGCUCCAUAAGUUCCCACGGAAACUCCCAAGAGCGAAGCCGUGUUCAGACCCUAAUCGGGUGAGGGAGCCUGGAGAGCUGGAGUUUGACGUGGAGGAAGAUUAUACCACAGAUGAGGAGAUGGGAGAAGCCGAUGAAGACCAACUUGGCGCAAGCAGCGGAGGAAUAUUAGACCUUCUAAAGGCUAGUCGACAGGUCGGAGGCCCAGACUACUCUGAGAUUGAUGAAGCUCCUGCGUCUCCGAGCACCCAAGAAGCUAUCCAGGGCAUGCUCUGCAUGGCAAAUCUGCAAGCUGCCGCCUCCUCCUCUACGCCCUCUAAUCUGCAAGCUUGGUGGGCAUCGGGUCAAGAGGGUGGGGCUUCCGGAAACCUACCACAAGGCGUAAAAGUUGCAGGGAGCAACAAGGCUGGCAGCAAUGGUACCAGCGGAGGAACGGCAAACAGUAGAGUUAUUCUGAGGCCAGGAAAGAGGCCGGUAAGACGACCAGCACAUCGCAGCAUGGACAGUGAGGAUGACGACGAUAGUGCAGAUGAGCAGGAGACCCUGGGAGCAUGCUUCAAAGACUCAGAGUACAUUUACCCUUCUCUGGAGUCAGAUGAUGAUGACCCAGCCCUGAGGUCACGUCCCAAGAGAAAGAAGCAGACCGACGACGCUCCAUGGAACCCAAAAGCUCGCGUCACUCCAACACUUCCUAAACAGGCUCGGCCGGUUCGUGAGGGGACACGUGUGGCCUCGGUGGAGACGGGGUUAGCGGUGGCUGCAGCAAGGCUCUCUCAGCAGGAGCAACAGAAAUCUCAGAAGAAAAAGGUCGCCACUAAGAAGAAGCCGCCAAGUGAACCUGAACCUCCAGCUGUCCCAUCUGAACCAGAGCCGCCGCCUCCUCCGCCAGAGCCACAGGUUGAGGUCUUCUCUGGCAGUCUUGUGGAUCACGAAUACACAGCAGGACCCAAUAUAUUUGGCAUGGCUCAGGUUAACCGAGGCACUACCCCUAUGGCACCAGGUGUCUUCCUAUCCCACCGGCGGCUUUCUGCUACCUCUCCAACCAGUCAAGUAGUUCAGGGGAAGAGACCCAAGAAAGGCUUGGCCACUGCAAAACAGCGACUGGGCAAGAUCUUGAAGAUCCACAGGAAUGGAAAGCUGCUUCUGCUGUGACCUCCUUCCCUCAACUCUUGGUUGUCCCUCCAGCUGAGUAGACUUUUGUAGGGCCAUGGGACAAAACCCUCAGAAAGCAGAGCUGUCUUGCCCCCAAGCUGUGCUCAACACUUAUUUUUUUUAUUUUUAAGAACUACAUAUAAACAUUACAUAUUUUACAGAGAAACAAACCAAAAUGGCAGGCUGGACCCCAUGCUGUGGGCGUAGCAGCUAAACUUCAUCCUCCGCCCUGGUGUGGGCUUUCUUCCAUGAUGGUCACUGGUUUCACAUUAGAACAUAGAGUGAGAAUCACGUGAAAGGUGACAACACUUUUUAGCUUGCAACAUGGCCUUUGGGAUGAGUUUUAGGACGUGGAGAUGUUUUAAACAAGGGGCUAGUAGAACAAGAUCAAAAAUGGAUAUUUAUCUCUACCGGCCCUCAUCCAAACUGUGUGUCCUUCCUCUUGCUUCUCUCCUCACAUCACUAAAAAUCAUGAUUUUAUGAAGGUUUUUUUUUUUUUUAAACAAAAUACUGUACUCAGCACUUGGACUGGUCUGAAGAUUGUAAAAGGCAUCAAUGUCUUGUGGUUUCUUACGGGAGGACAUGGGGGCUGGACUUCUGGCCUCUCCUUGUCCAACCUGCCUUCCAUAAACAUAUUCCCCCCCCAUUUUUAAAUGCAGAUGGACAGUGUCUGGGUAAAAGGGAACUCUUACAGCAGCAUCACAAGCACUCCUAUGUCCCCUUCGUAUUUCCUCUCCAGUAAUGGGCGCAGAAGAAUGAAACCUCUCCAGCUUACCAUUUUUGGGAGACAGAAUAUGGACGGGACCCUGGAUCACAGCCACAUCCUGAAAAGAUUAUUAUUAUUUUUUUUAAUCAAUGUCAUUUGCUUUCUCUGAUAUCCGUUUGCAGUGCGGUAAUAUGAAGAAGGUUUGCUCGUGCAGCGGGGUCUAGAUUUAUGCCACAUUACAAUAUCUGCAGCAGGCAAACAGCAUCACCAUUCUGCAGCCCCCGUGGGAUCGUACUAAUUAAUUAGAACCAAGUUGUGUUCAUUGUUAAUGGUCAUCAUUAUCUGAU